UGAGCAGACAGACAUUGAACAAAGUUUCUAUUAAGUUAAAGUAGAGACUCAUCGCAUAAUUAAUAAUGUCUGCUAUUGUCACUAAAGCCACUUCAUUUGUUAACGGUAUAAUUGCCAAAUCCACUCAACUUACCAAUGGGGCUGUUUAUUGGGGUAAAGUUACUGCUGAAGUUGGAAAAGUUGUAUACAAGAGUGAAGGAUUAGCUCCACCAUCAACUGUUCAAUUUCAACAAUUUUAUCAAUCAGCUUUUAAAUUUAUUCAAUCUCCAGAACAACAAAAGGCUUUCCUUCAAAAAGCCAUUAAAUUUAGACCCGGUAAAGAAUGUGCUGUUAAAGCUGGUGUUUAUGGUACUCAAUUAUUAGCUUUCUUUUCAGUUGGUGAAAUAAUUGGUAGAAGAAAUGUAUUUGGUUAUCCAGCUGUUGGAGCUCACCAUCACUAGAUGUGAAUAUUUAUAAUUAUAAAUAUAAAUAUAAUAUUAUUUAUUAUUUAUAUUUAUAGUUAUAUUUUACAUAUAUUAGCAUUGUAUAAUACGUGGAAAUGUACAGGUACUCUUUAGAUAAGGUAGAUAAGGUUCAAAUUCACGAAAAUGAUCCAU